UCCAUUUUCACUCUGUGCUGUAACACACACACACACACACACACACACACACACACACAAUGAAGCCUAUGAGUUCUAAUAUGUAAAUUAUGGUUGUACAUGAACCCAAGUGUGACGUGUCGUGAGUGGUCUGGCCAAAACAAAUGGGUUUUUUUUUACUUGAAGUUUUUUUUGGCUUUAAGUUUACGCUUCUUUGUGGUUUCUCAGUAAAAUGACAAGCUGCGAUUUUUUGUCUUAUUAACCUGAAGAGAGAGAAUAAAGAGAGGGAACGAAGAGAGAGAAUAAAGAGAGAGAAUAAAGAGAGAGAAUAAAGAGAUAGAAUAGUGAGAGCGAAUAGAGAGAGAGAGAGAAUAAAGAGAGAGAAUAAAGAGAGAAUAAAGAGAGAGAAUGAAGAGAGAGAAUGAAGAGAGGCUGGUGAGGGAACGAGUGUUUAUAGCUGCUAUAACGUAAACCAGAACACAACAAUAAUAACAGAUGACACUUUGUGGUGGUAACAGUAACUCCGCUUCAUCACUCCACCUCAUCGCUUUAUUCUUUUCUGUUUUCUCUUUUUCAUAAUUAUAGAAUAAUAAAAUAGAGUGUUGCCAUGGAUACGGUGCUUCACCUCAUCAAUGAUACAGCAGAGUUUUACAAAUGGAGCCUUACCAUAGCAGACAAGCGGGUGGAGCAAUGGCCGAUGAUGUCAUCACCCCUCCCAACACUGGGCUUUAGCGUGCUGUAUUUGCUCUUCCUGUGGGCGGGGCCUCGCUACAUGCAGCACCGGGACGCUUUCAAACUGCGCAAAACUCUCAUCAUCUACAACUUCAGCAUGGUGCUGCUCAACUUCUACAUCUGCAAAGAGCUGCUGUUGGGUUCCAGAGCGGCGGGAUACAGCUACCUCUGCCAGCCUGUCAACUACUCCAAUGACGGCAACGAAGUUAGGAUAGCAUCAGCUCUGUGGUGGUACUACAUCUCUAAAGGUGUGGAGUUUUUAGACACAGUGUUCUUCAUCAUGAGGAAGAAGUUUAACCAGAUCAGCUUCCUGCACGUCUACCACCACUGCACCAUGUUCAUUCUCUGGUGGAUUGGCGUCAAAUGGGUCCCCGGAGGCCAGUCGUUUUUCGGUGCGACUAUAAACUCGGGUAUCCACGUCCUAAUGUACAGCUACUAUGGUCUCGCAGCUGUUGGUCCGCACAUGCACAAAUACCUUUGGUGGAAGAAAUACCUCACUAUCAUUCAGAUGGUAAACACGCUCAUCACACGCUUACCACGUGCUUACCACACACUCACCACGCACUCAUCACUCACUCAGCACAUCCUCAUUACACACAAAUCACACAGUCAUUACAAACAUAUCUCAUUCUCCUCAAAAGUAUACUACACUCAUCACACAUUCAUCAUACACUCAUGCACACUCUCAUCCAAAUUCAUCCAUACUCAUCCCACACUCAUCCACACUGAUCACAAACACAUUCAUCACACAUUCAUCACAGACACUCAUCAUGCACUCAUCACACACACGUGUGUGUUACAGAUCCAGUUCCACGUCACUAUCGGUCAUGCGGCUCACUCGCUGUACUCCGGCUGCCCAUUCCCAGCAUGGAUGCAGUGGGCUCUCAUCGCCUAUGCCAUCACCUUCAUCAUCCUCUUUGCCAACUUCUACUACCAGACCUACCGCCUCCGGCCACGUUCUAAAUCACCCAAGAGCGCCUCCAACGGUGUCACCGAUUCCGCUAUGACGAAUGGAUCAGCGAGGUGUGUAGAGCACGUAGAGGAGAAUGGCAAGAAGCACAAGAAGGAACAAACAAAGAGGGAAUGAAGGAAGGAGAGAGGAGCGCUGGGAACUUUUCAUCGGUGGGAUUGUGGGGGUUUUAAAGGGGAGUAGUGUGUGUGUAGGCUGUUUGUUGAUGGGCUAGAUGGUGUUUACAAAACCGCUAACAAUGCUAAGUGUGUAACUGUUGGGGGGAAAAAAUAGAAAUGAUUCAGUCAGUCCCUCCAGGAUUCUGUGAUUUUGCGAUCACAGAAAUGAACGCAAAAUCAAGCAAACUCCACAAUAUUCGUAGGAGCUUGCAAUUUUUCUAAAUUACCGCAGAUUUUAUGUGAUGUCAUCACAACGAGCAUUCAACCAAACCCUCUUCGAACACGAGUACAGCUAAAAGGUCUCAUUUACCAACAAACAUGACUGCGAAACCGUGCAGAACAAUUCUGUUCGAUUGCGAUUUCGCAGAUUCAAGUAGUUUUCGGCAAAAAAACCUCCGUGAAAUCCUGUACGGACUGUUCAGUGCUGAUUGAGGGCUGCCAUUUCGCUGGAUUCCAUUUUUUAAAUUUAUUUAUAUUUAUUUAUUUCAGGGCAUGUGCUGAUCAUCUGUUUGUUAAUAUUUAUCACAAUAUGCACUCUGCGUGGAUCGACGUAAUCGUUCUCAGACAAUCCGUAACUCUACUGCUAAUCUGCCAUUUUUCAUUUAUUAUUGUAAAUAAUGAAAAAAAGUGUUAUGAAGAAUAAUUGCGAUAUGGAAAUGACAUCAGCACAUAAACGUUUAUUUAUCUAAAUCUCAGGAAACACAUCGAGAUCAAAAACAAAAAUAAACCAAAUGAAUUUAUAUCAGAUUCUACGCUCAUGUCUAAACACAACCUUAGACACCAUGUGAUAUUUAAAUAAUUUAGUGUCAUUAGAGACCCUGGUUUCCUUUAAUGUUUAUUCCAGUGUGUGUGUGUGUGUGUGUGUGUGUGUGUGUGUUAGGCUGCUUUACUACUAGCUGUUUUGUUCUACAGAAAAAAACAACACUGGCUAAAGCGCCUUCUCUGCUGAUGAGAAAGAACAUGUAAGAGUACAAGUUUCAGUAACGUACAAAUCUUCCAAAUCACAACAUGGGUAUGUUCACAAAGUACAGUUACUGAAAUAUUUCCCUGAUAACAGAGCACUGUUUUUGAUCGUAUCACGUAGCACAGUGAGUAUUGGAAACUUGACAUGCUGAAUAAUUUGUGUAAAUAACGACUUGUGAAGGCUGAGUGUGUGUG